UCUCUCAGCCUUUAACUUGAACCAUUCCAAAUGAAACAAAGAACACUCUUACCCACCUUCAGUUCCUUUUAUUCUUUUCCCCUUGUUAUUCGCUCGUACAUAAUAAUCUUCUUCCUUCUUCUAACAAGAAUCACUCUGUGUUCUGUGAAUCCAAAGUUCCAAGCAUGUGAGCCCAAAACUUGUGGUGGUGAUACUAAUCAUCAAAACAUAAGCUUUCCCUUCUACAUCAUAUCAAAACAAAACUCCUACUGUGGUGUCCCUGAUUUCGGUCUCACCUGCUCUCACGAUGGCUUCCCAAUCGUCAAUAUAUCAGGAGCUCUAUACACUGUCCAAAACAUUUUCUACAACAACCAAUCACUUCGAGUGUCUAUCCCUGCGCUCUCGGGGUUAAGAACCACGGAAUGUAUUGCCCCACUGAGAAACUUCACCGGCCACAGCAAAAGGUUCAUUGUUGCUUCCAAGCAGAAGCAAGUGUUGCUGUUUUAUGGCUGUGAAAACAUGCAAGAGCAUAGUAUUGGGUGUUCAGCUGAAAACAGAACGAGAUCGGUUGUGGCGCUUUAUGGGGAUGACGUUGAGAAUUUGAAGUUGGCGACGAAGAAUUACAGGGGGACGGUGAGCGUAACGAGGGUGGAAGAUGAGAAAGGAGGGGUUGAAGAGGCGCUGAGAAGAGGGUUUUUGAUGAAUUGGACGGCCAAAAAUUGCAGCGAGUGCUCGAGCAGUGGUGGAAGGUGUGGGUUCGAUGAAGAAGAAUAUACUUUCAGGUGCUAUUGUCCUGAUAGAAUUGAUUCAGAGAGCUGUUAUUCACAACCAGGUAAUGGCUGGACCCGGCAAAAGAAGGUCAUUAUUGGUGCUACAGCAGCUGCAGUAAUUGCAGGAUUGUUGAGUAUUUGUUAUUUUAUCUACAUGUUACCAAGAUGGCGAGAAAAAUACUGCUUUCCAACAAAGGGUAACCAAGAUAUUGAAACUUUUUUAAAAGAUCAUGGAGUGUUAACUAUAAAAAGAUAUAAAUUUUCUGAUGUGAAGAAAAUGACCAACUCCUUCAAAGUUAAACUAGGACAAGGUGGUUUUGGUGUUGUAUACAAGGGAAAGUUAUCCGAUGGUUCUAAUGUGGCAGUCAAAAUGUUGAAUCCAUCCAAAGGAAAUGGUAAAGAGUUUAUCAAUGAGGUAGCUAGCAUUAGUAGAACUUCUCAUGUUAAUGUUGUCACCCUUUUUGGAUUCUGCUUUGAAGGUCGCAAGAAAGUUCUUAUUUAUGAAUUUAUAUCAAAUGGUUCCCUUGACAAGUUUAUUUACAGAAAAGAAGGAGUUGAAACUACUACAUUGUUGAGUUGGGAUAAGCUGUAUCAAAUUGCCAAAGGGAUAGCUAGGGGGUUAGAGUACUUACAUAGAGGAUGCAACACUCAAAUUUUACAUUUUGACAUAAAGCCACAUAAUAUUCUUUUGGAUGAAAAUUUUUGUCCUAAGAUAUCAGAUUUUGGACUAGCAAAACUUUGUCCAGGGAAGGAAAGUCUUAUUUCCAUGUCGGAUGCUAGAGGAACAAUUGGGUAUAUAGCUCCAGAAGUUUGGAGUAGACAUUUCGGCAAAGCUUCUAAUAAAUCUGAUGUUUAUAGUUACGGAAUGAUGCUUCUUGAUAUAGUGGGAGGAAAGAAGAACAUUAAUGUAGAAGGGAGUCAAACAAGUGAGAUAUAUUUUCCUGAUUGGAUAUACAAAAAGCUUGAGCAAGGCACUCAAUUAGGACCUGAAGAUGGAGUGGUGGCAAUAGAGGAAAAUGAAUUGGUUAAGAAAAUGACGAUUGUGGGUUUAUGGUGUAUUCAAACAGUUCCAAAUGAUAGACCUACAAUGAGCAAAGUUGUAGAAAUGUUAGAAGGCAGCAUAGAUUCCAUAAAAAUGCCACCAAGACCUGCUCUGUCUUCUCCUGUAAGAUCAAUUUCAGAAUCUUCUACUUUGUUAAAUUAGUACAUCGCAUUAUAUUCAACACUUUGUCAUUGAGCACCAUGCAAACAUUGGUUCUUGUGUGCAUUCACUAAGAUACGUUGAUCUCGCUGCCUUGAGCAAGAAUGUUAUUUUUGAAAUUUUCACAUUAAAGGGAAGGAAAUAAUAAUAAUAAAAUAAUUGGCUUUGCAAUGCUAUGAGUGUUACUACUUGUUA